AUGGGCAGGGCAGUGCUCACCAGUGGCGAGAAGGGCAGGCGUACGACGACGGCAAUGGCGAGGCCGCGACCACUGGGGCGGCUGCUGCAGGGGGCGGCUGCUGCAGAGGUGGCUGCUCCAGGGGCGGCUGCUGCAGGGGCGGCUCCUCCAGGGGCGGCUGCUGCAGGGGCGGCAGCUCCAGGGGCGGCUACUGCAGGGGUGGCUGCUCCAGGGGCGGCUGCUGCAGUGGCGUCUGCUCCUGGGGCGGCUGCUUCAGGGGCGGCUGCUCCAGGGCCGGCUGGUGCAGGGGAGGCUGCUCCAGGGGCGGCUGCUGCAGUGGCGGCUGCUCAAGGGGCGGCUGCUGCAGGGGCGGCUGCUCCAGGGUGGGCUGUUGCAGUGGCGGCUGCUCCAGGGGCGGCUGCUCCAGGGGCGGCUGCUCCAGGGGCGGCUGCUGCAGUGGCGGCUGCUCCAGGGGCGGCUGCUGCAGGGGCGGCUGCUCCAGGGGCGGCUGCUGCAGGGGUGGCUGCUCCAGGGGCGGCUGCUGCAGUGGCGGCUGCUCCAGGGGCGGCUGCUCAGGGGUGGCUGCUCCAGGGGCGGCUGCUUCAGGGGCGGCUGCUCCAGGGGCGGCUGCUGCAGUGGCGGCUGCUCCAGGGGCGGUUGCUCCAGGGCGCGGGUUAG